GCCAACAUGGCGGUGACGAUGUACGCGUUUCUUGAAGCAAUUUUACUUCUUGUCAACGCCGUUGCCGUCCUUAACGAGGAAAGAUUCCUAGCUAAAAUUGGCUGGGGGCGAGACCAGAUCAAUCAACCUCAGGGUUUUGGACAUGAAGAAAAAGGUGUAAAACAACAAAUUGCUAACCUAAUCCACGCCGUAAGAACAGUCAUGAGAGUCCCUCUGAUAUUCCUGAAUGCUUUUGCAAUUGUUAUGGAAUUGUUAAUGGGUUAGGAAACAAUCUGGCUGUCAAUGUUCAGUAUGAAUUUGCGGAAAGUGGGAAAUGUACAGUUAUUGAUAAAAAACUAUAGUAAUAUUUUAAAUAAAUUCAUUAAAUACAUUCGCAGAA